AUGCUGGAUUACACAAACCUGUGGAGAUCCUGUAACUGCGGACGUGACAAUUUGAACUUAUUGAAAAAUAAAUGUAACAACACAGAAGGAGUCUAUGAUUUGGCAUGCUAUAUAAAAUAUAAGAAAUCUCUUGUGUCCGUCUGCGAAUGGAAAGGAGACAUAACAACCUCAUACACACUGUACACACAACAGAGGAGAUGUAGUUGUGUAAAUGUACAUCAGAAGAGCGGAAUUUGGACUUCUGAUUACUUUAACGUUAUCUCAAAUUGGAAUGUGACAGCUCACGUUAUUGCAAGCAGUGGAUAUCCGCACUGGUGCACCUACAAAAAUUUCAGUGGAAUUCCAUCCAAGAUUACAAUGUGUGGACCUUAUUCAAAACUAACUUACAAAAGAAGCUCAGGCCAUCUGACUGUGCAGGUGGAGUGGGGAGAUGAAAGUAAAUAUAUUAAAAACUUCUUUGUAGAGUACAAAGAGUUCAACACUACAAGCUGGAAAGAGCAACAGUCUAAAAACAACAAAGAAUGUGUUUUGUGGAAUCUGACAUCAUCUCUGCCUUACGAGCUGCGAAUACGUUGUGAUCCCACCGAAGAGUGUGUGCAGUGUCCUCGUAGUGAGGUCAUCGUGGUUCCACCGGAACUCACAGAUGCACCAUCAAUCCAGCUGGAGAUUCAAGACCAUAUACAAAAUUGUUUUAUAUCACCAGGACAGAGAAAAGCAGUUGUGAAGUGGGAGUAUGCAAACUGUGAAGCUGUGGCUUACUACAAUGUGACAGUGAGGAAAGUAUCUGGGGAACCCAGCAAUCAGGACAGUUUCAGAACUGAAGAUUCAUCGCUCACCCUGAUCCUGUCUUACUCUGCAUACAACAUCAGUAUCAGAGCUGUAAACACUGCUGGAUCGUCUCCUGCUUCCAGUAUAGCCACUGAGCAAAUGGAUGAAUGGAGAGAUUCGUUUGGGCCAUUCAGUGUCAACAUAACCAGCAACAACAAUUUUAGUCUGUCCUGGAACAGUUCCAUCUCAAGUGUUUGUUACUCUGUGGAGUGGUGGGCCAAAGGACAGAUACCAACUUUUUGUCCAUUCUACGAAAAGCAGACGCACAAAGAAAUAACUGGGAAAACUGACAGCUUUUUUCAGCCAUAUACAAGAUAUUAUUUUGUCCUGCACACCAGACCGUACCCAGACACCUGCAACAUGAAGAAUGUAAACAACAGUGAGACGACCUAUGGCACAGCCCAAGUUUACUUCACUGAAGGAAGUCCUACCAGUGCUCCUGGGAAUGUGAGCAUUUUGAAUAUUACCCAGCAUUCCUCAGUAAUCACAUGGUGCCCCAUGUCUGAGGAAGACCUGCGUGGAUUCUUAUUAGGCUACUACAUCUACUUGACAUGGGACAAUAAUGAAACAUCCUUCACAGUGGAUCCUAGCGUAAUCAGUUAUGUGCUGCAGAAUCUUGAAAGCAACAGUGUGUACCGCGUGCAGCUGUCUGCAUUUACAGCGGCUGGAGAAGGAGAGCGGAGUGAUUUCAAACACUUUGUCACAAACCCACUAGAAUUCACAGCUUUGAACAGCAUUAUAGCCGCGGUCGUUGUGGGAAUAAUAAUUCUUUUACUAGCAGUUCACCUCAGCUGUCGACUUCUGCACAGAGCCAAGAAACUGCUGUGGCCGAAUAUACCAAAUCCUGAGAACAGCAACGCUGUUCAGAAAAUUGAAAUUGCCUAUGAACUGGGUAUCCUGGAGCUACUGAACAGACAGAGGUUAGAGGAAAGUGAGGGAUGUGAUUCCAGUACAGUGUGUGUCGUUGGGAGCAAGAGGGAGGCAUCUCCUCUCUGUAGCCCUCCCACUGCUCAGGCUGGUGUGCCCACCACCCUUCUCCUCAGUGAAGAUGAGGACAGCCCAUCCAUCCCAGAGCAGAUCGCACCACCUGACACCCCAACACAAGUCCCCACCAACGAGUCAGGUUCCACAGAGACCUUCCCUAUGGACUUUAAUAAGACAGACUCCACUUUGAACACUUCUGUUGAUGAAGAAAUCACAACCUUUGUAAGCAAAGACCCUGGAGAGACCAUCUCCAACAGGACAGGAUCGGACUUCAUUCCAACAUCCCAACCUGAAGUGGUUUUCAUGAGCGAUUACACUACCAUGGAAAUCUUCCAGCAGGUCACUAUGGCUGGGAUUCAGGGUCCAUCCAUGCAAACAGUGAAACCUGGAUUGGUUCCUGUACAUCCAGGGCAGGAUUAUGUAAGGCAGUCCUAUUUUUUACAAGAAACAGUCCAGUAAUCCACCAGGGGCAUGUAACGGAAUUAUUGAACCCAGAAAUCACAGUGCUCUGAGAUGCUUUUAUACGGUGAUUUAGAAAACAUUUACUGUAUAGACACAGUCCCUCUGGAGCACCCUGAGAUUAGGAGCCUCAUUUAAGGGUACAACGUUCAUUGUCGUGUUGCUGACUGAGCUUUAACCGCUACUCAACACCUCCUAUAAAAGAUGGAAUACGCCACUUGUAUUGACAGUGAAUUGGACCCAGGUCUCCGAAUUCUACCUCUGAAGCACCAGUGCUCACGACAGA